AUGGCUGCAAGACACACCCCAGUGCCAUCGGUCGGACCUUCAGGUUCAACCUUCUCGUCCGCAGUAUCGACACAGAAGAGUCUUUCAGAGGUUUACGCCGACUUUCACAAAGAGUAUUAUCAAUUAUUAAUCCGGAAUAAAGAACUAAGCGAUGCUAAUCGCAAAUUCAAAGUUAAUACGUCCAAUCAUAAAAGAGUUCAUGGAGCCACGCCCUUUUCUUCCUCUGGAUCUUCCGUAACCCUUACCGGCUCUGCAUCCCCAACAUCAAGUAACGUACCAUCCUCGGCCCGAGAUAAAUUGCAAGAAGUAGCAUCAUUGCUUCCAGCUAGUGAUGAGCCAUUUUUGAACAAUUUUCAGGCGUCAAAGAAGAUAUGGAAGCCAGAACUCAAGCAGGCUAUGGAUGAUGCAGAGUUAAUCGCAACUAAAAAAAAUGCACAUGUCAUGUACCACAACGAGUUGGACAUAAAAACAUCGUUCGACAAGUAUGCCAGCGACAUGAGAAAGGAAAACGGAGAUUAUGAGAUUCCAAAACUGGACCUCGGACAAAAAUUCCAUUUAGCGGAUGUCUUCGGUCAUAGAUUUGGAUUCGGGACAUACUAUUAG